AUGAUAUACAUAUUUCCUUGCAGUAGUAAUAGUAUUGAUAAUACUAAAUGGACAGGCCAAGGCCAAGCAGACUUCAAUGAAUGCAUUUUCACAUCUAUGCCAAAGGCUUCAAAAUUAAAAAUAGAUAAAGUUCUAGCAUAUUUUAUAUCUUCAGAUAUGAUGCCGUAUAGCAUUGUAGAAAAGGAAGGGUUUAAAAUGUUCACAAAAGCAUUAAAUCCAAGCUAUAAACUACCCAGUAGAAGUACUCGGAGUAACAAAAUAAUUCCAGAUUUGUUUAAGGCAACUAAGUUAAAAGUUGAGCAAAUUUUAUCAGAUGUAAUAUUUUUAUCAAUAACAACAGAUUGUUGGACUUCUGUUGCAAAUAAGCCUUUCAUAGCUAUCACUUGCCACUUUUUGAACAAGAAUUCUAACCUAGAGCUUAGUGAAAAUCACACUGGAGAAAAUAUUGCUGAUGUUCUACAAGUCACUUUAAUGGAGUAUAAUUUUAACUUCCACGAAGGAAUCUCUGUUGGUGCUGCUACAACAGAUUCAGGAGCUAAUAUUUUUUUCUUAUUGGAAGAAGUAAAACCUGUCAUUGAAAAAGUGAAAAAAUUACAAAAUAUAUUUGCAUAUAACUGGAUGGCUGCCAAAGAAUUUGGUAUAGAACAAGACAGGUAUGGAUUAAAGAAGAGUAAGUUUCCAUCUUUUUCAAAAACAAGAUGGUGGUCCAUGUUGGAUCUUUUAGAUGUUGUUAUAUCUCAAGAACUUCCAUUUUCAUCUUUUUUGAAAACCCACAAAAAAGGUUAA